CCCAUCCCAGCAGCACCUGCGUCGGCACCUCCCAAAUUACCAAGGCCAAUUGCCAAACCUCUCUGGGGCGGCACAACCGGCUGUGGCAGCGGUGGGGAUGGAGGGGCUCAGUGUGGGCAGCGUCCUGCUGACCGGCUGUGACGGGGGGCUCGGCCUGGGGCUGCUGAAGGGUUUGCUGGAGCAACCCAGCCCCCCCCAGCACCUCUUUGCCGCUUGCCUGGACCCCCAGGGGAAGGCAGUCAAUGAGGUGGCUUUGGGCUUCCCCAGCGUCGUGGUCCUGCCUCUAGAUGUGACAGACCCCAACAGCAUCAAGGCAGCAGUCGGGAAGGUGCAGGAGAAGGUGGGAAGCGCUGGUCUCAAUGUCCUGAUCAACACCACCUGCACCAGGCGGCGCAGCACACUGGCCACUGAGACUGCAGAGAACAUGACCCUCGUCUAUGCCACCAACACCAUCGGGCCGCUGCAGACAAGCCAGGCAUUCCUGCCCCUGCUGAAGGAGGCGGCUGAGGCUGAAGCGCAGCAGGGGAUGAGCUGCAGCAGAGCUGCCAUCAUCAACAUCUCCAGCAUCCUUGGCUCCAUCGCAGCUGCAGAGGCUUGGGAGGAGAGGCAGGAUGUCUCCUACCGCUGCAGCAAGGCUGCUCUGAACAUGCUUACCAAGUGCCUGGCUCUGGAGUAUGGCGACAGCGGGAUCCUCUGCGUAUCCGUGGACCCUGGCUGUGUGACACCUCCCUUGGGACAGGGGACGCCCAAACAUGUGUCAGCAGAGGGCACCCCAGCCCCACACUCAGCGCAGGAGGGAAGGCUGCACCCAGAGUGCUGCUUCCCCAGCACCCCACGCACCCCCGGGCCAUCAUUACCCCAAAUUCAUUUUCUCCUCUGCCCGUGCCAAGGGGAGGCAGGUAAGGCUGGUGACGAGCAGCCUCUUGCAACAUCGCCGAGCAGAGCUUAACCCUGCGCUGGCUUGCAGAGACAACAAAUGAGUCACUUUUUUGUUAGGAACCACAAAAUAAAUCUCCAUCACUAUAGCACCCGAAUUAGGGAUGAUUAAUUUGUGCAAAGCUGCAUCCCAUGGAUACUAGAGCACCUCCAGCUUCUCCCAGCC